GCGGCGAUUGGCCCGCCCCGGCGGCGCCGGCGGCGGGGGUGUCGCCGCCAUGCAGUUCCUGGGGCGGCUGGUGGGCACCCUGAGCGGCGUGGCCCAGGCGCUGGGCAACCCGCACCGCGUCAGGGAGGUGCCCGCCGCCGACUACGGGCCCGGCCGCUGCCUCCUCAGCGAGGAGGGCCGGCUGCGGCUCUACGGGCCCGGGCCCGGCCGCUACUGGGACUGCGUGCUGCUCUGCCCACACAGCCCGCAGCUGGCCCUGAGGCUCUUCCAGCUCGACGACGAAGCGGAGGCCCUGCAGCGCUUCCAGCAUUACGCCGGGCACCUGCGGCCCUUCUACGAGAGCUCGCCCCAGCCCCUGGCGCUGGAGGAGCUCCAGCAGCUCUGCGACUGCCUGCGCAGCCACCCCGGCUGGUCCCCCGCGCACGUCGCGGUGGAGAUCGGCCUUCUCGAGGCCUUUCGGCACAACCGCGUGCUGGGCUGCGUGAACAGCACCGACAGCGAGGAUGGCUGCACCCCGCUGCACCUGGCGUGCCGCAAGGGGGACGUGGCCUGCCUGCUGGAGCUGCUCGAGUGCCGCGCGCGGGUGGACGUCACCGACCGGAACGGGGAGACGGUUUUCCACUACGCUGUGCGAGGGCACAACCCCCAGAUCAUCGAGAUCCUGGGCAGAACCCCGACUGUCGGCUUGGACCACCUGAGCCGCGAGGGGCUGACCCCUCUGCACCUCGCUUGUCAGCUGGGCAAAGAAGACAUGGUUCGGUCGCUGCUGAAAUGCCGGGCCAGCUGCGGUGUCGUGGGGACGCUGGGCUACCCCAUCCACACAGCUCUGAAGUACUCCCACAAGGGGUGUGCCCAGGCCAUCCUCGAGGUGGACGCCAGCCAGGUCCGCUCCAGGGACCCGCGCCAUGAAGCCACCCCGCUGCACUGGGCGAAGAAGGCGGAGAUGACGCAGCUGCUGCUGAAGUACGGCUCCGAGGUGAAUGUGGCCAGCCGCACAGCCGACAUGGCCCUGCACAUUGCAGUCGAGAGGGGCCGCUUUGACUGCGCCAUGGUGCUGCUGACACACGGGGCCAACACCAACGCCAGGGGUCAGGAUGGCAACACGCCGCUGCAUCUGGCCAUGAAGCAUGACCACCUGGAUAUGAUCAAAGCAAUUGUUGUGUUUGGAGGAGAUGUGGAGAUCCCCAAUGAUUUCGGGGAGACACCGGGGUUGUUGGCAGCGAGGAGCAGCAAAGGUGCGAACCGGAAAGUGCUCUUAGACCUGCUGCAAACUGUAGGGACACAGCGCUGCCACCCACCCAAUCCCGACUCCCAAAGCCUGCCACCAUCUGACGCCUCCUUCUUCCUGGAAGGCCCAUCUUCCCCGCGGAGCAGCUUCAACAGCUUAGGGUUUGGGGACCUUUUGUAUGCUUCUGCGACGCUUGGACAGUUCUUGAAGACACCGGAUGUCAUGGACUCCCCCAGGGAGGGUGGAAGAAGUUACGACCGCCUCCUGUGUCUGGAUGGAGGGGGCAUCCGGGGCCUGGUGCUCAUCCAGCUCCUCCUGGCGAUUGAAAAGGCCGCGGGGCGUCCCAUUCGGGAGAUUUUCGACUGGAUCGCAGGGACCAGCACCGGGGGCAUCUUGGCCUUGGCUAUUGUACACGGGAAGUCCAUGGACUACAUGCGCUGCCUGUACUUCCGCAUGAAGGACAUGGUGUUCCGGGGCUCUCGGCCCUACGAGUCGGAGCCCCUGGAUGAGUUCUUGAAGAAGGAAUUUGGGGAAAACACCAAAAUGACAGAUGUCCAAAAACCCAAAGUUAUUGUGACAGGGACGUUGUGUGACCGGCAGCCAGCUGAGCUCCACCUCUUCCGGAAUUACCCCGUACCAGAGACAAAAGUCUCCACUGAAUAUAAGACGACCGCGUCUUUCAAACCACUCACUCGGCCAGAAGACCAGCUGGUAUGGCGUGCUGCUCGCUGCAGCGGUGCGGCUCCCACCUAUUUCCGGCCCAUAGGGCGCUUUUUGGACGGCGGGCUGCUAGCAAACAACCCGACCCUCGAUGCCAUGGCGGAGAUCCAUGAGUACAACAAGUCUCUGAUCAAGAAGGGUCAGAGGCAGAAAGUAAGAAAAUUGGGGCUGGUGGUCUCCCUAGGGACCGGGAAGCCUCCACAGGUCCCGGUGAGCUCUGUGGAUGUCUUCCGCCCCUCCAACCCCUGGGAGCUGGCAAAGACCAUGUUUGGGGCCAGAGAGCUCGGCAAGAUGGUGGUGGAUUGUUGCACUGAGGCAGAUGGCCCAGCUGUGGAUCGUGCCAGGGCCUGGUGUGAGAUGACGGAUAUCCCGUAUUUCCGGCUCAGCCCUCAGCUGCACACGGAUGUGAUGCUGGACGAGGUGAAUGACACGGUGCUGGUGAACGCCCUCUGGGACACCCAGCUGUACAUCUACCAGCAGCGGGAGCAGUUCGAGCGGCUGGUGCGGGAUCUUUGCCGAUGACUGGCCUGGAGGUGUCCCUCCUGCAUCCCGGUGGCAAGGAGCAGCAGAUGCCGAAAGGGCUCGGGUUUGCCCAAACACGUUGAGGUGGGGGGAGGGACUACUAUUACUGCUAAUUAGAAAAUAAUCGUAUUUAAUGGACAACAGUGCACAUACACAUAUUCUGGGACAGCUAUGAAAUACUGACAGUUAUUGUACUACAGCCCGAUCUCCACUACUGUGCUUGGUUUUGCUGCCCUGCUCUCUGACCUUACGGCCCUCUCCAGGAGCCAGAGCCCCCACCUACCUUGAGCUGGAGCAGCUGGAGCCCGGCUCCUGUCUGUGCAGCACCCCCAGUGACAAAGCACCGUGCACCUUCCUGCAUCGCAGAACGGGCCAAUGCCAGAUAAAAGUUCAAGGAUUGCUUUCCCUGCUUGGACCAAGGUGGUUCUGAGUGUAUAGGGUGGGGAAAGGGAUCCUUCGCUCAACACUCCUGGCUCGGAGGGAGGCGGAAACUCUGCAACCUUCUGCAGUAGAGAGAUGGAAAAUACUGUGACUGGCACUGGGAGAAGGGGGAACCCUUCCUCAACCAGUUGCCAUCUGUAAUGCCCUCCCCUUUUCCCUUCAGAGAUGACUGAGGUUCUGGCAGCACCUCUGGUGGGAGCAGACCCCCCAGGGGCUGUUUUGUGUCCCCUGAUUUGAUGUGACAGUCUGCUCGAGGGCUGAGGUGUGAAAACCCGUCUUGUCUCAUGGCAAGCUCAAGAUGAGGGAUAACAGUAGAGGGAUUUUCUCUACAUUAGUGUGCAAUUGAACCUGAGCUCAGGUCCCACCAAAGCAACUGACCCUGUGACAAUUUGGAUUGACCAUUUUUACUGCUGGAAAUCCCAUUGUGACUUCUGUACUAAAUGUUUCUGUAGCAAAUGUUGCAUAUUUAUAAAUGACGUAUGUAUCCGUUGGAAGUUCUGAGAAGUAACCUGCAAAACUGAACUCCUAAUCAUUUGCUUCUGAGUGGAUGGACUGCCGUUAUGAACAAAAACUAACAUGACUUGAAAUAAAGAGAGGCUAAAAUUUG